AUGCCGCAGCGAUCGCCGUUCGCGAUCCAGGAGCUGCUGGGCCUGAAUGGGGCCGGAAACGGGAACGGUACCGAUCGGGGCUCGCCCCAAGCCUCGCCGCCGGCCGGCAUAUCCGCGGUCUCGUACGCGCCAACGGCGCCCCAUCACAAGCUAUGGGACUACAUGCCCAGCCUGACGAAUCAUCUGGGCAAUCUCGGGAAUCUUGGAAAUCUCGGAAACCUGACGGCCUCGCGGAUGGCCUACCUGAAUGCGCAGGCGGCCGUCGCGGCUGCCUUCUUGCCGCCGCCCCAUCCCCACCCCGCCCACCACGUACCCCAUCAUCAGGUACAUCAACCGGGACAGCUUCCGGCCUCGCCGGCCGGCGUCAACGUGCAUCCGGCCGCACACGCGCAGCACGUACUUCCGGGCACCGCUGUCACCGCGAAUCAUCAUCAGCACAGCCCGACGACUCAGCACACGCCACCCCAUGGAUUCUCUCAAUCGAAGUGUUCGUUCUCAAAUCCCAGUCCAGGAGUCGGGCACAAUAUAGAGUCAGGAAAGGAUUUCACAGUCGACGGUCUCUCCGGUUUCAGUAAAAAGAAGAAGAAGAAACGCCGUCAUAGCUCCAGGACGAUCUUCACGUCGCAACAGCUGGAGGAGCUGGAGGCAGCGUUCAAGGAAGCCCAUUAUCCGGACGUCUAUGCUCGCGAGAUGCUCAGCCUCCGAACCGAUCUGCCCGAAGACAGGAUACAGGUGUGGUUCCAAAAUCGGAGAGCAAAAUGGCGCAAGACCGAGAAGUGCUGGGGCAGAAGUACCAUAAUGGCGGAGUACGGCCUGUACGGGGCGAUGGUGCGACACUCGUUGCCGCUUCCAGAGACCAUCCUGAAAAGUGCCAAGGAGAACGAGUCGGUGGCGCCGUGGCUGUUGGCUCAAUCAUCUAAGACGAGCAGCUUUAGUCAAGAUAUCGAAAAUAAUCAAGAACUGAUUGACUGUGGCCCCGCAGGGAUGCACCGGAAGUCAAUCGAAGCGGCGGAGCAUCUAAAGUCCGGCGGCGAGGACAGCGGAAACGACCACAACGGAAGCGGAAGCAGCCCCCAUCACAGCCAUCACCAAGGCGGACCGACCAGCUCAGAGAGCGGACAAGAAAGCCAGGAUGGGAUGGGACCUUCUUCCUCGACAGGUAUCGUUCAGGACACGGAGCAGCUGAGGAACGAGAGCAUCGCCUGUCUCAGGGCGAAGGCGCAGCAGCACCAGCUACAACUGAGCCUGCAGCCCACAGCGGCGCCGACCAGCACCUCCUAUCCAGCUGGUCCUCAGACGAGCACGCUCCACGCCUCCGUUUAA